AUGCUUAAAUAUGAAAGUCACGGAUUUCGACACUACCGGAUACACACACACAUACAUCUUGCAUUUGCGACUAUAACCCUCGACUGGAAUGUAGAUAUUACUUCCAUCGAAGAUCAAUUCUUAGCUUUUGUGCAGAUGACGGGUUUCAAGAAGAUUCUUUCUUUUGGUGGAUGGACCUUCUCUACCGACCCUAGUACCUAUUUUAUUUUCCGUCAAGUUGUGGAAGAGCCAAAUCGGGAUACAUUCAUCGCUAACGUCGUUGCCUUCGUUAAGAAGUAUAAUCUAGACGGUGUUGAUUUUGACUGGGAGUAUCCAGCUGAGCCCGAUAUGGAAGGCAUCCCCCACGGAACCGCUGAGGAUGCCUCUAAUUAUUACCUAUUCCUUAGUGAACUACGGAACAGUUUACCUGAUGGUACUUCGCUUUCUAUAGCAGCCCCGGCAGGAUUUUGGUACCUCAAGGGUUUUCCAAUUCAAGCAAUCGGUCAUGUUGUCGACUAUAUUAUCUUUAUGACCUGUGUUCUUCAUGGCUAG